GGCAGGGGGCGGCCCCGAGCCUUCGCUUUGCGCUGGGUCGCUGUCGGGGGGAACUUCGCCGUGCCUCAGUUUCCCCGCUGAGGAAAGGUUUAGAUCUGCACAAGAACCAAGAUCAGGAACCAUGGCAUCCAUUCCAUCCAGCGGCUCGCUCAUGGCCAUGCACAACUAUCACAGAAGGCGCCUGAGCUCCACGUCCAGCACCAGCUCCUGCAGCUCAGAGUUCUCUGGGGAGGUCAUCCCCCAUGGCCCAGAUCUGCCCAAAUCUGACCCCGGCCAGUGGUGGGCCAGCUUCUUCUUUGGGAAGACAACUCACCCAGCCAUGACCACGGUGUCAGAGCCCCGGGAGAGCCCGGCAGCCCUGCGGGUGGCGGGGGCAGCGGCGGCCUGCGGGCUGGUGGCAGCGCAGGGACGGCGGCGCAGCGAGCCCGGCACGGGGGCGAUGUGAGCGGGUCCUGCCUCCCACCCCUCCCUGGAGAACAGCCGGCUGCUCCCGGAUAAAAAGGUGCUGCUUGCUGAUGGAAAAGCACAGCAGCCCCGGUGAUUCCACUCCUGCCUUUUUUACUCCCUCUCGGUGUAACUAAGCCCUCUCAAAGCAGAUGUGGUAACAAGUUUUUAUUACCCUGAACUCGUACAGUGGCAAUGAAUAAACUUGAGCAGCCUUUUAAA